AGCUACUUCUGCAAAAUGAGUAAAGUCAGUGUUGAUGUGAAGGCGGACACAAGUUCAGCUGUAAAUGCUCCUGUGCUCACUGGAAACACUAUAACAGGACCCGUGACCAUCAUCUGCGGCUCAAACACUGCAGAGCAGCAAAACUCCACAGAGAAGCGCACAAAAGAACAAGAGACUUUAGGACUGAAAGAGUUUUUGAGAAGUCAUAAGAUCUACAUGAAGGAGAAUUCAAAACGUAUAUUUGAGGGUAUGAAGGAAAAUGAAGCCAAUCUGAAUGAGAUUUACACAGAUGUGUUCAUCACAGAGGGAGAUAUGAAAGAAGUCAACAGUGAACGUGAGAUUCUGAAGAUUGAUGAUGCCUUCAAAAACACAACCAAGACAUCACAGGACAAACACAUCAAAUGCAAUGAGAUAUUUCAGUCACUGAGAGACAAGAAGAAGAUUAUUCUGACCAAAGGCGUCGCUGGAAUUGGUAAAACAGUCUCUGUGCAGAAGUUCAUUCUGGAUUGGGCUGAGGGAACAGCCAAUCAGGACAUAGAUGCCAUGUUUCUGUUUCCAUUCAGAGAGAUGAACCAGAUAGAAGACAAAGUCAGUUUUCAUGAGUUUCUGCUGGAAUUUUAUCCUGAAAUGAAAACAAAUGUCAUAAAGUUAACAGAGAAAUGUAAUGUGGCGUUCAUCUUUGACGGACUUGAUGAGAGUCGCUUGAGUUUGAAUUUUAAAGGCAGGAAACUGAGGAGUGUUGAGGAAAGAUCAUCUGUAGAUGAAAUGAUUAUAAAUCUGAUAAGAGGAGAUCUGCUUCCAUCAUCUCUCAUCUGGAUCACAUCAAGACCAGCAGCAGCCAAUCAGAUUCCUUCUAAGUUUGUAGGUUUGUUCACUGAGGUGAGAGGAUUCACAGACCAGCAGAAAGAGGAAUACUUCAGAAAGAGAAUCAAAGAUAAGAGUCAAGCUGAUGAAAUGAUCAAACACAUCAAGAGAUCUCGUAGUCUCUACAUCAUGUGUCACAUCCCCGUCUUCUGUUGGAUCACUGCGUCAGUACUUCAUGAUAUUCUCAUCCAGAACCAUGAAGAAAACAUUGACACGACUCUCACUGAGAUGUACAUUCACUUUUUGCUGAUUCAGAUGAACAUGAAGAACCAGAAGUAUGAUGAGGAAGAUGAAGAAGACUAUACCAAGCUCUUAGAAUCCAAUAAAACCACCAUUCUGAAGUUGGCCAAGCUGGCGUUUGAGCAGCUGAAGAAAGAGAACAUCAUCUUCUAUGAGAAAGAUCUUAAAGAUUGUGAUAUUGAUGUGAGUAAAGAUUCAGAAUACACAGGAAUGAUCGCUGAGAUCUUCAAGAAAGAAUCUGUUCUUCACAAGACAAAAGUCUUCAGUUUUAUACAUCUGAGCGUUCAAGAGUUUCUGGCUGCGCUGCACGUCUUCAUCUGCUACAUGACCAUCAACAUGAAGGACCUUGAGUUUUUUAUCACACCUAAACAAAACACAAAGAUUUAUCUUCAUGACAUUCUGAAGAAGGCCAUUGAUAAAUCCACAGAGAGUGAGAGAGGACAUCUGGAUCUGUUUUUACGUUUUCUGAUGGGCCUUUCACUGGAGUCUAGUCAGAAGCUUCUCAAAGGUCUGCUCACACGCACUGAAGACACCAGAGACAGCAUCACGAAAACAACUCGAUACAUUCAACGAUUACAGGACAAGAGGAUCUCAGAUGAAGCUAAAGUGAACAUGUUUUACUGUUUACUGGAGCUGAAGGAUCAGUCAUUAUACGAGAGAAUCCAGAAAUAUUUACAUCCAGAUGAUUCAGAUUCAGUCACAAAUCUCUCAGAUUCAAUGUGUACACUGAUGAUCUAUGUGCUGCUCAUGUCAGAGAACGUGCUGGAUGAGUUCAACAUGAACAGAUAUAAGACAUGGGAUAAGAAGAUACUCGUUCCAGCUGUGAGAUGUUGUAGACGAGCGAUAUUGUCAGGGUCUGAUCUGACUGCUGAGUCCUGUGAAGUUGUGUCUUCAGCUCUUCAGUUCUCAAAGUGUCCUCUGAGAGAGCUGGACCUGAGUAACAAUGAUCUGAAGGAUUCAGGAGUGAGGCUGAUCUCUGAUGCUCUCAAGACUCACAACUGUCAACUACACACACUGAGAUUGUCGUGGUGUAAUGUUACUGAAGAGUGUUGUGUAAGUUUGUCUUCAUGUCUACAAUCAUCAACGUCUCUGAGAGAGCUGGACCUGAGUAACAAUGAUCUGAAGGAUUCAGGAGUGAAGCUGAUCUCUGAUGCUCUCAAGACUCACAACUGUCAACUACAAACACUGAGGUUAUCAGGUUGUAUAGUGACAGAUGAAGGUUGUUGUUCUUUGGCUUCAGCUCUGAGUUCACAGUCGUCGCACCUGAGAGAGCUGGAUCUGAGCUACAAUCACCCACAACACACAACACUUCAGCUGCUCUCUCACACACUCAAUGAUCCAAACUACACAAUCAAUGUGGGUCAUGGAGGAGAGAGAAGAAUUAGAGCAGGACUACACAAGUAUGUCUGUGAUCUCACACUGGAUCUAAACACAACACACACUAAACUCAAAGUGUCUGAAGAGAACAGAAAGAUCACACGUGUGAGAGAGUGUCAUUCGUAUCCUGAUCAUCCAGACAGAUUUGAUGUUCAUCAUCAGGUGUUGUGUAGAGAGAGUCUGACUGGACGCUGUUACUGGGAGACUGAAUGGAGCGGAUCAUUUGUUCAUAUAUCAGUGUCAUAUAAAAGCAUUGAGAGGAAAGGAGAGAGUUAUGAUUGUGUGUUUGGAUUCAAUGUAAAAUCAUGGAGUCUGAGGUGCUCUAAUAACAGAAUCACUGCAGUUCACAAUAAUAAACAAACACACAUUAGUGUUUCUCCAGGUGUGUGUAAGAGAGUAGGUGUGUAUGUGGACCAGUCGGCCGGCACUCUGUCCUUCUACAGCGUCUCUGACACACACACACUCACACACUUACACACAUACUACACAACAUUCACUGAGCCUCUCUGUACUGGAUUUGGUGUUUAUGAAUGUAACUCCUCAGUGUGUCUGUGUGACAUAAACAGCCUCUAUAGAGCCUCCUGUUGAACACAAGAGACACACACAUAACCACAUGAGUUAUUACACAAACACUGUCAAAUCUUUCUCUUCUGCUUUCUUUUGUUUGGACAUUAUGGUGUGUGUAGGUGUGUGUGUGUGUGUGUGUGUGUGUGUGUGUGUGUGUGUGUGUGAGUGUGUGUGUGUGUGUGUGUGUGUGUGUGUGUGUGUGUGUGUGUGUGUGUGUGUCUGCGUGUGUUCGUUCGUGUGUGCGUGUGUGCGUGUGUGUAUGAAAAUGAGCAAAGAAAUCACAAUAACUGUCAAUAAUGAGUAAAUAUAUAGAUCAUAACAGACAUUAUUUAUAUGUUUGUGUGUCAAUAUUUGUCACGUCAGACUCUUAGUCACUAGUUUGUUUCCAUCAGAGACAAAAGUCCUUGUGUGAGUGGAGGAAGAUUCUCUUUGUAGUUUUCAUCAGUUGCUUGUUUCUCUGUCACUGAUGUGUAAGUUCUCAUGAACAAGAGAAGAUUCAUGUUGUGUAAAUGUUGUGCUCUUUUAUUCUGUUUAUAUAUGAUCAUAUAUGACACAUGUGAACUCUGUUGUGCACUUUUACUCUGUUUAUAUAUGAUCAUAUAUGACACAUGUGAACUCUGUUGUGCUCUUUUACUCUGUUUAUAUAUGAUCAUAUAUGACACAUGUGAACUCUGUUGUGCUCUUUUACUCUGUUUAUAUAUGAUCAUAUAUGACAUACGUGAACUCUGUUGUGCUCUUUUAUUCUGUUUAUAUAAGAUCAUAUAUGACACACGUGAACUCUGUUGUGCUCUUUUACUCUGUUUAUAUAUGAUCAUAUAUGACACACGUGAACUCUGUUGUGCUCUUUUACUCUGUUUAUAUAUGAUCAUAUAUGACACAC